UCUCCCUCAGAGCACAGAACGGUAUAGGAAGAACUUUCAAGAAAACCUCAAGAUUAACACUCUUUUUUUCAGUUUGUCAAGUGGAAUGGACAACGUCUCCUCCUUCUCCUUGUUCUCUCUCACAGCUCUAAACGACACCAGCAGGUCCAGCAGGAUCACUAUAUUCUCUUUUGCCCUCCCAGGCUAUUUUCUGACCAUUUUUGUCAACGCAGUCUUGAUUUUCAUAAUUGUUCUGGAGAAAGUUCUCCACCAGCCUAUGUACAUUUUUUUGUGCAAUUUAUGUAUAAAUGGAUUAUACGGAGCCACAGGAUUUUAUCCAUCCCUACUGUAUUAUUUACUUAACAAACACAAUGUAAUUUCUCUGGAACAAUGUGCCAUCCAAAGUUUUGCCAUUUUCACCUAUGCAAUAGGUGAGUUUACUAAUUUGAGCGUAAUGGCAUUCGAUAGGUAUUUAGCAAUCUGCAGACCGCUAUACUACCAUACUGUCAUGACAACUAUGACUGUUUGGAGGCUGCUGACUUUCAUAUGGAUGUUUCCCUGCUGCACUGCAAUACUGAUCAUACUGAUGACGCUCAGGUUUCCGAUUUGCAUGAAUCAGAUAAACAAACUGUACUGUGAAACCUGGGUCUUGGAGAGACUUGCCUGCAGGGUGGACACUGCUCAGUAUGUGAUCAAUGGUAUUUUAACGUGUGCUGUGAAUGCUCUGGUAUGGUUUGUGUUUUUAUCAUAUAUAAAAAUACUGAUCUCUUGUAAACACUCUGUUCAAAACCACAAGAAGUUCAUAACCACAUGUCUACCACAUUUGGUAGCCUUUUUGAAUUAUGUGGUGUGGUCACUUUUUAAUGCCCUAUAUGAGCUGUUUGGAACUAGCAAUCUGCCUCAGGGUUUUAAAAACUUUUUGUCAGUUUCCUUUGUGAUUGUUCCACCUCUGCUCAAUCCUAUAAUAUAUGGAAUUGUUCUAACUCCUAUUAGGACCAAAGUAAAGUAUGUAUUCCAAAGCUUAAGAUCAAAACAUACUGACUGAGCAUUGCUUACUGAAUCAUUACACAAUAGACCUGGAAAUAUAACAUUGCUUGCAAGUGUGGGCUGCGUGCUCCCUGAUGAUUCAUGACUGUUAUGAUAAAUGUCAAAAUAAAAACCAUGAGCUUGUGGUAAAACUGUAUGAUAUUAAAUAUACAAUAAAUACAAUAUGAAUAUCAGUUAAAAAAGAUUGCAAUGCAACUCAUUUAAUCAUUAAAACACUGAUCCACUUGUCCUUCCCUAGAAAAGAUAAUUAAUCAAAUUAAUUAUCUGUAUUCACUUAUGGAAUAUUUUAUAUAAAUAUAAAGAGUGAUUUCUAAUUUCUGCAUUCACGUCUGCCACCAUGGCAAGUUUAACUACUUUAUCAAUUUGUAAAUGACUAAAUAAGGGCUACUAAAACAAUAAAAAUAUGAUCUUAGCUUGAAAUAAGUUAACAACAGGGUUGUAAUUAUAAAUGGUUUUUUUUUUUUUUUAUCUGUGUAAAUAUUUUAGGAAACAGCCAGAGUAGGGUUAUUAUGUAAGUGGAGUAAUUAUAUUGUUGCCUGUUGCUUCUGUAAUUAUGCUCAUAGAUGCUAAGAAAAAGUAAAAGUAAUUCAUUAAAAAUAGCAGGUUAAGAUAAAAGCUACUGUUCUUGGAAAAACGUGAGGAACUGUGGAGCCCUUAAAAGGAAUAGUCGGCCUUACAAUUCACUCAGAAUAAAAGGGGUCAUGAUAUAAGAAAUCAAAUUUUCCUUGGUCUUUUGGCAUAUAAGAGGUCUUUUAUCAUUAUUAAAAAGUGAAAGUGAAGUGACAUGUGGCCAAGUAUGGUGACCCAUACUCGGAAUUUGUGCUCUGCAUUUAA